GGCAGCCAAUGGCGGCGUCCCGGGAGCGGUCCCGUCACUGCGAAUGAGCUCGCUGUCCGCGGCGGCGCAAAAACAGACGCAGAAAUCCGCUAAGCCCGAAGCGCUCAGUCGUGCUCGCUGGCUGGAAGUGUCUCGUCCAGAGCACCCUGAGCUAUGGCCUCCGCUCCGUUACCAGUGUACAACUCAAACUCUCUGGAUAUAAGCUCCUGCAAAAACGUGUCAAGGGAGAGCCUUAGGAUGGAGCUGCUCACUGACGCCCCCUUGCUGCCCGGGGAGGAGAGGGUGAUCGACAAAGACAUCAUCUACAUUUGCCCCUUCAGCGGGGCAAUAAAGGGCAGAGUGCUCAUCUCCAACUACAGGCUGUUCUUCAGGAACGUUGAUGCUGACCCUGCGGUGACUCUUGAGGUGCCACUAGGAGCCAUAAGUCGGGUGGAGAAGAUGGGUGGGGCUUCGAGCCGCGGGGAGAAUUCCUAUGGACUUGACAUCACAUGCAAGGACAUGAGGAAUCUACGAUUUGCUCUAAAACAGGAGGGCCACAGCAGAAGGGACAUCUUUGACAUCCUGUUUCGAUACGCCUUCCCCCUUUCCCACGGACUGCAACUGUUUGCUUUCCUGAGCCAGGAGAAGUUUCCGGAAAACGGCUGGAACGUUUACAACCCCAUGCAGGAAUUCAGGCGACAGGGCCUGCCUAACGAUCAGUGGAGGGUCACCUUCUUAAACAGCACCUACGAGCUGUGUGACACCUAUCCCAGCAUCCUGGUCGUCCCGUACACAGCCUCCGAUGAGGACCUGCGCAGGGUGGCCACCUUCCGUUCUCGUAGCCGGAUUUCUGUGCUGUCGUGGAUACACCCAGAGAACCAGGCCGUGAUCACACGCUGCAGCCAGCCCCUGGUUGGCAUGGGGGGGAAACGUAAUCGUGAUGACGAGCGCUACCUAGAGCUCAUCCGCGCCACCAACAGGACGACCAGCAAGCUCACCAUCUUCGAUGCACGGCCCAACGUCAACGCCGUCGCCAACAAGGCCACAGGCGGUGGGUACGAGGGCGAAGAUGCUUACCAGAAUGCCGAGCUGGUGUUCCUGGACAUCCAAAAUAUCCAUGUGAUGCGUGAGUCGCUGAAGAAGCUGAAGGACAUCGUGUUCCCCAACGUGGAGGAGUCCCACUGGCUGUCCAGCCUGGAGUCCACGCACUGGCUAGAGCACAUCAAGCUGGUGCUCUCGGGGGCCAUCCAGGUGGCAGACCGGAUCUCGUCAGGCAGCUCGGUGGUGGUGCACUGCAGUGACGGCUGGGACCGCACUGCGCAGCUGAGCUCGCUGGCCAUGCUCAUGCUGGACGGCUACUACCGCACGCUGAGGGGUUUCCAGGUGCUGCUGGAGAAGGAGUGGCUCAGCUUCGGGCACAAGUUCGCGUCUAGGAUCGGCCAUGGCGAUAAGAACCACGCUGACGCUGACCGCUCUCCCAUCUUCCUGCAGUUUGUGGAUUGUGUGUGGCAGAUGACCAAGCAGUUCCCCACAGCGUUCCAGUUCAACGAACACUUCUUGGUGACCCUGCUGGACCACCUAUACAGCUGCCGCUUUGGGACGUUCCUGUUCAACUGCGAGAGCAUGCGGGAAGCUAGCGAGGUGAAGAAGAAGACGGUGUCCUUGUGGUCCUUCAUCAACAGCGAGCCGUCCUCCUACAGCAACCCCUUCUUCACGGUGGACCUCAGCCACGUGCUCUACCCUGUGGCCAGUAUGCGGCACCUGGAGCUCUGGGUGUCCUACUACAUCCGGUGGAACCCACGCAUCCGGCAGCAGCAGCAGAGUCCAAUGGAGCAGCGCUAUAAGGAGCUUCUGGCCCUUAAGGAGCAGUACCUGAAGAAGCUGGAGGAGCUCCAGCUUUCGGACCGGGCCCCACAGGUGUUUCCCCGGGGCCCACACCUGUCAAACAGCGCCAGCCCCUCCCCCAGCUCGCCCCCACCACGGGUCACACGCCUGCAAACCCCCUUCUAACGCUUAGCCCCGCCUCUGAGGAGUCAGACAUCAUGACGACGUUGCCAGUAAUGACCGAAGUUGGGACGGCGACGGUAAUGAAACUACAGCGCAAUAAAUCACAGGAAAGCCUUGGUGACGGACAGAAGCCUUAAGGGGAGUGUGUGUCGUAUACAUGCUAGGGACGUGUGUGGUGGCCAGCCUGUCCCCUCUCUAAGCUUUACGGCGUGAAAUGAGCACCGCCCCCCACCCCCCUGGACCCCACAACCUCUCCCUGGGGUCCAGGGGGCCCCUCAGCCUCUACACUGACUGGUACCAUUUAAGGGAAAAAAUAACGUUUAAUUUAUAUAUCAAUAAAUUAUACCAUAUAUAUGGUAUAAUUAUACGUAUUUAUAUAUAUAAUUUUUUUGUUGCACCUUUUUCAGUAUUCAGUUUUGCUGCACUGCCCGUUAUUAGCAUUUUUUUUUUUUUAUUUUAAUGCAGUGUGAUCUGCAUUGACUGCAGUGCUCUUCUCUGACAUUUCAGUACCCUGGAUUUCUCUCCUCUGACAUUUCAGUACCCUGGAUUUCUCUCCUCUGACAUUUCAGUACCCUGGAUUUCUCUUCUCUGAAGUGUGUGGGAUAUGACUUCAGGUUGGUGUGAGUUUGUCAGAAGUGCAGGGAGUGUUUUGGGUGUUUCGCAUUUCCUGUCAUUCUCCUUAUAACUGACAUUGACUUUUUUUGAUCGAACCACAAAAGUUUUAAAUGCGUUGUUCAGCUGAGAAUAUAAAACACAGUCUGAGCUCUGGCUUUUAAUAUCUUGUUAAUUUGCCUUUCAGUAUCUGCUAAUGGUUACUAAUGGAAUUUCAAACUGAGCUGCAAAAAAUUAGGAUCCCAAUCCUAAACACCACUGACAUUUCCUUUUCUAUUUUCUAGACGUAUGAUCCAUUCUUGUCACCAGCUAAUCAUUUCAGUGAUUUUCUUGUUAUGCUACCAGCUUUCGGUAGUGAAUGCCUUAAGGUUUGAGUGUUCAUGUCUUUGCUUAUGAAAGAUCUCAGAACUGUAAAACUGAGAGUGGAAUUGUACUGUAAAGAUCUGAAGUUACGAUGAAUUCUGAAAGCGAGGACUACGAUGGAGGCUUUAAUCUCCGCUGCUGGCCUGGAUUGAGGCUGGGGUGAGGGGUAGGUUACGUAAAACCUCAUGUGCCUUUUGCUAUCUGAGGUCUUCCUUAGAGCGACUCUUUGUAUGGAAACAUUAGCAACUUACUGACUACAGGGUCACUGGCAAAGGCGGUCACUCCCUGAAGCCCUUUUUUACUACGAUGUCACCUGAGCUUUCACCGGCCAACAGUCAAUCGCUUGGUCUCAUUAGCACCCUCUAGCUUGCAGUGAAAUGCAGCAGAGGGCCGCGAAAGGAGACGGCUGGUAAGAGCGAAUAGUGGGCCCACCCCUCCCUUCCUUGGAAAGUUUCAUUUCUGCGUUUUUGACACUUUGACCUCAGUGAGGAUUUAAAGUGAAAUGAGCAAAGCAACAGAGACAGUGAGCUGUUGUUUUUUUUGGGGGGGAAAUGUUUUUACUUUGUGCAAGUACAUUAAUCAUGUAAUUACCUCAGAAUGCUUAUUUUACUGUUUAAUGUCAUGCUAUUGUAAAAUAUAAUAUUUUAUUUAGUGUAAAGCUCAGUGGUUUUAUAAAAGAAUAACUAGAGAAUGUUUAUUGACUUUAAUUAGCAGAAGCCUACUCCAUGCCUUGUCUCUCUGCCUUUGUGGAUUUGUUUGUCGGUCUUUGCCUUACAGUAGGUCAAACGCCACCACAUACUACAUGGCAAUGUAAAACAAGCCAUAAGGAAGGGAUUCCCAUCAGACCACAGCUCUGCUGAGCUCUGAGGAAUCUCGGGUGAGGGCACACGCUGCUGCGCUCUUCAGAGGACGUGCCCUGCCCUAACCUAUGAACCGCACUCUUUCUCCGCUACGUUGUCUUGUGUAAAUGUUGCCGACCAGUCCUACUGCAGCUGUGCUUUCCAGAGUUAGCCUGCACAUGCUAGCUAACGCUUAGCUGGGUGCUUUUCGCACGCGCUCCCCCAGCACCUGCCUAAAGGGCUUCGUUAGUUUAUUACUUGAAUCAGACCGGCUGGUGUUGGACCAUGGAGGGAGUGCUUGGCACCUGGUUCUCCUUGUGGUGAUGUUGGAGACAUUGAUUGAAGGACAUUCUGUGUCUCGCUAAAUGUCCCUCUAGCUGACGGCUUAGCUGUUGAUUUUAAGGUUCACAUCUUUUCCGUUUUUGGAUCCAUUCUGCUUCUCGUCGAUAAAAUGUUCAAAAGGGGUUGAUGUAGACAGCAUAUUAACUCAUGUAACCUUGGCAACUGUCCUGGUAACCUGAAUCAACAAAUCAUUUUUUUACCGUUAUCUUUAUCUGUCUUGGAAUGUCUGCCAUCACCUGACUUUCACUUUUUAUAAGAAAAAGCAAUAUGAAGUAAUUUUAACUUUCCAUAGGCAGCUUGAAGCAUGGAUAGUCGUCUGCAUUGAGUGGAAUAAAAUGUCUGCUACAUUAGCUGGUUCUGCAUUACUGGUAGUUGGUAUGUAGGCCUCACUUGACCUGGUUAAAAAGCUGCUUGCACUACUUUCCGGACUCUCAAACCACGUUUUAUCAUUGUGUAUCAGAAGGAGACUUUUGUUGAGUGUGUGUGUGUGUGUGUGUGUGUUUUGUAACGAAGGGAAUUGAGUCUAAGAUUUAAUAAAGAAUUAUAAAAACUUU